AUGCUUGACUCUUCUCCAAAUAUCUACAUCUUUAUAAGAGAACGACUGCAAUAUGUGGAUCAUCAAUCAUCUGCUCAAACUCCCCGCGGCUGUCGUUACACACUUGCUCACCGAGCAUCAAAGCGACUUCGAGACCCUUCAGCAACAGCCAAUCUUGCUUCAUAUCUGAUGCCUCUACGACCCAGCUUGACAUGGCUCUCGCCUCCUACUCUCCUAGGCGCCUUCACCCUCUGGGACUUUAUCGAGCACCGGAUAUCGGACAGAAAUCGAAAACGAUAUCGCGAGUUUCCUUUGCCCCCUCCGGAAAUACGUGCAUACAAUUUCUCCGAUGUCAGCAUCAUUAUCCCGACGGUCGACACAGAUCCCACAUUCUCUGAAUGCCUUGGCGGCUUGCUUAAGAAUAGACCGCUUGAGGUCCUCAUUAUCACCACCGUGGAAGAAGAAGAUAGAGUCCGAGCACUUGUGCGCACUCCGUCCGUGGAGGACAAUUUGCGGGGGACAGAUAUCCACAUCCUUACAGUUCCGAAGGCGAACAAGCGAGACUAA